AUGGGAUUGGAGGGUAAAGAAAUGACCGAGUGGAUUAAAACCACGGAACGUGAGAUGAGGAUGGAAGCCCGUGAGGCAGAAAGACCCAGAAUUGAAUCUGAGAGGAUUCAAGAAACCGAACGUUUAAAGAUUGAAUCUGAGAGACUCAGACUUGAGUCUGAGAGGGAAUCAGAAAGAAUGAGAUUGGAACACAAA